AUGGAAACAUUGAAAACAGUAAAAGAAACCGAAUACCUUUUUAGUUUGACGUUGGUAAAGCUCAUAAGUUUGUACCAAAUUUUGGAUCCAAAUACCGUACGUGUUUGCGGACACAACGCGUACCACUUGUUCGUUCUGUCGUCAUGUCUGUAUAUUUCCGCCAUAUGCGUGAUAUGUCCAAUGGGUUUAUAUUAUUUAUCAAAUGACGUAACGGCAUUUUCCUUUUACUUCGGGGCAAUAGAAAAUUUUCUACUCGUCGUGUUGAAAAUGAUCACCAUCGUCUAUUAUUUCGAAGACUUACGGAAGUGCGUCGAGGUAGCCAGGUUUGGAUUUCUGUCAUCAUACCAAUACUACAAAAAACACAUGUUCAAAAGAUGGAAAAAAUUGUUUAUGCUAGUCUCAUUCACGUACGUCUCAAUGGCUUUCUCCGCAUCGGUGGUAUGGAUUUUAAGUACACGCAUGCUUAACAAAACCAAAAUCAAAAUUAAAAACGUCGACGAUUCGUAUAGCGAAUACCGAAUAAACAUGUACAAUUUAUACCUGAUAGUAACAGAUCACACCUACAAUGAACAUUACAACGUAUUUUAUGCCAUCGAGAUCGUCGUGCUAGUCUCUUUCAUUUAUUUUCAGGUACUAUUCGAUUUGCUUUUGAUUAUCAUAUGUUUCGGGUUAUCAUGUCAAUUGGAGACCAUUUGUGAUGCAGUCGAAACGCUAGGGUAUAGCCAGUAUCCAUUUGAAAGUAACAGCGGUAAGUAGACUAAGUAGAUAUGUAUUUGUGCGAUCGAGUGGCUCAUCUAAUAGGUUAAUUUGCACCAAUAAGAUUUAUAACGUUAUCUAGUGGCAUUUUUGAGUCUUAAUUAUUCUUGGAAAUGGUAGGAAAAUCUGGAAACUCAAGAUUCAUUAUAACUUGUAUUUGUUGGUUAAAAAUAAGUAGUUCAGCAGUUUUUUUUCUUGUCAUGUUUAUAGAUAUGGGAAAUAAUGCAAUGAAUUUGAAAAACAAUCGUCUACACGAUGAUUUAAAAAACAUAAUUAAUGACCACCAGAGUGUAAUAAAGUGAGUAAAUUUUUUUUUAUAAAAUGUUAACUUCCUAAAUAAUAAAUCUUUCGUAAAUCGUUGUUUUUUUAUUUUUUUUUUUUUACUUAUUCAAUUGACAAUUGGCAAUAGGUAUUAUUUAAUUUUUAUUUUUACAGGAUUAUAAACGAUUUUUACAACAUUUUCCGGGUUAUAAUAUUACCUCAGAUAUUUGUGAAUUCAAGUACACAUGUACUUAUUUGGUUUAUCGCUUCAAUGGUAAGCUAUCUAAAAAUCGUAUAUGCUAUUGAAUGAAAAACUUUAAAAGUCCAUCACAGUGACAGUGGCAUUUUCCAUCCUUGUGAAUUUGUAAUGGUUAAUAUACCAAAAAUGACAGAACGGCCUUUAAGAUGGGUUUUCUUGUACUUAUAUAAUUUUUAGAUGAUUUUAUUUUGAAAAAAAUAUAAAAAGAUUGAGAUGGCAAAUACUACUGUUAUACUGCCGGAUAUAAAAUCUUUAAAUUAGUUUGUAUUGUUGUCGAUGUUAAGCCAUUGGUGUGUUGUCAAAUCUAUACGCUAAUGAAAUUUCAAACUAUCGUUAAACGUGACCAUUUUUCCAGAAUUUUUCGUCUGGGUCCGGAAUUUCGAUACUAUUCAUAAAGAUGAUUACCAUUCUUCCCGUGUUUACUUUCCAACUACUGAUGACGUGUUAUUUGUUCGGGACUAUAAACGAAAAGGUAUUUUUUUUUUUCUUUAAAUCAACAAUAAUAAUAUUAUGUAAAAUAACUUUGACUUUACAAUAAUUUGCAGAAAGAAUCCAUAAUAUUUGCAUUAUACAGCAGCGAUUGGGUGAAAAUGGACGCGGAAUGUAAAAGAUUAAUUUUAUUUGCAAUGAGGAUAAAUAAAACUAACCAGUUUAAAAUAAAGUUUACACAAACUAAAAUUAUUAACAUGGAAUUGUUCACUAGCGUACGUACGAGUGUGAAUUAG